CCUUUUUGGGACAUUGCGACAACUUUUUCUUUCAUUUCAAGAUUCCUAUGAUAACGCGCUUCUCCCCACGAUGCAGAUUUAGAUGAACCCCGCCCAACUACACUAAUACUGGUGCAGUGACAGCCUAAUUUCCAGAAACCAAAGACAUGAUCAGCGCGGACAAUGAUGAGCCUCUUCAUGUGCUCGACCUCCCUCAGAUGUACGCGAAGCCCCUUGCGACGGACAUCCUAAAAGCCCUAGAGCUCUUAGCAAUCAAACCUCGAAAUUUCGGACCCAACCCCCAAGAAGUGCGAACGGGCCGAACGGUGCAACCGGCCGGGGUUUCGCAGUAUUUGACGUCGAUCAUCUCCAGUUCACUGUCGUGGCUAGAUUCCGACGAGCUACGAGAAGCUGUGUGGGAUGCAGCUGCAGCUCGACUCAGCGAGCGGUCUGGGCGGGCCGCCAUGCCAGCCAUGUCUCGCACCUUUACGAUUCCCGCGUCGUCUGAUCAGGAUUUCACAAUCACACUGCAUGAGCCCUCGCUGACGGCUGACAAUCUGGGCAUGAAGACUUGGGUUUCUUCAUAUCUCCUCUCGCGGCGACUCCAUACUGUCCUCGAAUCGACCCCGCAGCUUGUGCCGUCUGCUACAUCAGCACCAGCGAAAACCUGCGUCAAGAAUGACAGCGUACUCCGGGUGUUAGAACUAGGCGCAGGAACAGGUCUUGUCGGGCUCUCUUUUGCGGCGCUUCACGGCAGCAAUGCAAGCGUUCACCUCACGGAUCUUCCCUCCAUUGUGGAGAACCUCUCACGCAAUGUUGUGUUAAAUUCGGAGCUUCUUGACAAAACUGCCGCGACGGUGACGACGGGCGUUCUGGACUGGUCUGUAGACCCCGAAACAGCCCCGACGGAAGAAGAACGGUACGACGUUAUCCUUGCUGCAGAUCCGCUGUACUCGCCCAACCAUCCGAAGUGGUUGGCUGAUACCAUCUCCCGAUGGCUGAGUCGUCGGCUGAAUGCACGGGCCGUCCUCGAAAUGCCGCUGCGCGACGCAUAUCUGCCUCAGGUCCAGGAGCUCAGGAAGCGGAUGGGGCUUCUUGGUCUGGCUGUAGUGGAGGAAGGAGAAGAGAUCGGGUAUGAUGACUGGGAGAGCGCUGAUGGAGGAGCCGUAGAAGUUCGAUGCUGGUGGUCGAUCUGGGGGUGGAGUGAGAAGGUCUAGCAUAGUCGACCUUAUGUCCAUGUCCGUCGACGAUGUCACGAUAGACGAUAGAUGAUAGAAUAGACGAUAGACGAUAGACGACUAGACGACACAGGAAUACUACAGAAAACAGCGGAAUAACCUCACAGCUUUGCAACCGCACUUCAUGAAAAGAGCGCACCUAUGAUUCCUGGUAUCUCCAGAUCCG